AUGGCGCGUGGUUUGCAAGUGGGAGGUGAGUGUGGCGUUUGUAAAGAGGGCUUUGAAAACCUUUGGCACGUUUUUUUUGCUUGCCCGUUUGCGGAGCUUUGUUGGGAGGUUGGUGAUUUUUCGAUUUUACUGGCCUAUGUUAGGGUGAACUGUGAAUCUUUUAAGGAAGCUAUCUCAUAUAUUAUGGAUAUGGCUGAUGGGGAGCUGACUGCCAAAGUGUGCAUGAUUUUGUGGCAUAUCUGGAAGGAUCGGAAUAAGGCGGUGUGGGAGGAAACAAUUCCGGUGCCUCGCCGUACUGUGGCGUUGGCGAUUAGUUGCCGGGAGAAAUGGCUGGGCGCGCGUGCUAGCCAACUGAAUAUGGUCUCGCCGACUGCUGUCCCUUCUGCCACCCUCUCCUGCGCAGGAUGGCAUGCUGUUCCGACUGGUUGGGUGAGGUAUGGGGUGGACGCGGCUUUUUUCGGCAAUGAUAACUCCAUGGGGAUUGGUAUCGUGAUUAGGAACCAUAUGGGGGAGUUCGUGGUUGGUAAGACGAUGAAAGUGGUGGGUCGAAGGGAUGUUGUGGAAGGUGAACUUAUGGGGGUGAAGGAGGCGCUGUCUUGGCUGAAGAGUUUGGGAUAUCUGCAGGGUUGGGUGGAGUGUGAUAGUAAGGUAGCUUGUGACGCCAUCUCGAAGAAUUUGGGGAUUAUCAAUGAAAGAGGUGUUCUUGCUAAUUUUUGUCGUCGUGAAUUGGCUUCCAACCCUGGGAUUCGUUUAUGUAAUGUUUGUCGUAGUAGAAACGCUAUUGCUCAUUGCUUAGCUAUGCAAAGCUGCGAGAGAUAUUUCUUCGUUUCAUGUUUGGAAUGA